GAAGAGGGGGUUGGGUUGGAGUCAGGAGGCUCACUUAAGUAUUGGCAUGUGGUGAUAUAAAUAUCUCAGGUUAAGUAAAUUAGCUGACUGAAACACUUUUCAAAGGCUAGUUGCUUGAGGAUCAUUCCAUUUUGGGAAAAUCAACUCUGAUAGAUCAUAGACCAGCAGUCAUUUCAUGGGGUCACAUUUGAACAUGACAUAUCCUCUUACUUCCUGCUCGUGAUUUAGUUCAAUUAACGGCUCAUUGCGUCUCCAAUGAUGGUCAAUUCAAUAUCAGUCGAUCGUGCUCGUGUUGUUGUUUUGACAAUCACGAAUACGACAAAAUAACCUGAGAUGCCGUACUGGUCCGAUGUAUAUCCAUGGCCAUGUCAUCCACUGCACCUGGACGCUAGGAAACUUGGAUUGCGUACUUGGUCAUAUACUUGCAGCUUAUAAAACCCCAAGUCGGGAAUUAGAAGAAAAGGCAUACUCAGGUGGAAUCGGCUUAUAGACCAGCCGGAGAACGAGGAACAGAGAACUCCCAAGUCAAAUUCUGAUACCAAGAUUUUUGGGAAUAAAAAUGGUUGUGACAGAUUCAGAAAUGACAUCUCAUGGUAAUAAGGUUGAGUCUCCUCCAUUACAGUCAGAACAGCAGCAGCCCAAGAAUCAUGCAUUCGCAUCCCUUGGCAGUCAGUCGUCCAUCUAUUCGCUUACUCUGGAUGAGUUUCAAAACACCCUUUGCGAGAGUGGAAAGAAUUUUGGGUCGAUGAAUAUGGACGAGUUCUUGAAUAGCAUCUGGACAGCUGAGGAAAAUCAAGCUCAAGUCACUAGUGCGAUGGUAGUUGCAGCAGCAAAUACCAACCCCAAUCCUAAGCAAUUGUCCCAGCUGGGUGAAGCCAACGAUGCGCCGAUAGAUCAGAAGGGCAUCAUCACCAGGCAACUAAGCCUCCCAAGGCAAGGCUCUCUCACACUUCCGGGACCUUUAUCGCGGAAAACAGUCGAGGAGGUGUGGACGGAGAUUCACGAGUCUCAACAAGAACAUGAGCCCCCGACUAAUUGCACCAAUCCGCAAAAUACGGGCUCUUCUCAGCAGCGGCAGAUCACAUUUGGGGAAAUGACUCUGGAAGACUUUCUAGUCAGAGCAGGGGUGGUACGAGAACAGACUCAGCCACCGCCUUCGCCGUUGCCUCAGCAGCCGCAACAGCCCUACGGUGGUACUUUCUACCAAAAUAACAAUACUAAUGUAAUGGGAACUGGCUUUGUGACGAGGCCUGUCAUUGGUGGCCCUGGUGGCAGUGCUAACGUUGUGGGCUACCAGCCGAUGCCACAAACGGGGGAUGCAUCUGCCGCGUAUCCCGGGAGCAUGAAGAGGGGCGGAGGUUAUGCGGCCCAGCCAACAGCGGCCUGUUUUGGCGGCAGAAUGGGAAAUGGAGGGAGUGGAGGCGGAUACGGGCAAGUGCAGGGAUUAGGAAUGGGUUCACCUGUGAGUCCAGUGUCAUCCGAGGGGUUGUGCGCCAAUCCGAUGGAUGGUGCAAACCCAUACGGGAUGGACGUGGGCGGAAUGAUAGGCAGCGGAGCAGGCGGAGGAAGGAAACGUAUCAUCGACGGUCCAAUAGAGAAGGUGGUGGAAAGGAGGCAGCGGAGGAUGAUAAAGAAUAGGGAAUCGGCCGCAAGAUCAAGAGCUAGAAAGCAGGCAUAUACCGUGGAACUGGAGGCUGAAUUGAACCAGCUGAAGGAAGAGAAUGGUCAUCUAAAGCAGGCUUUGGCCGAGCUUGAGAGAAAAAGAAGGCAGCAGCAGGUUGAAGAGUCCAAGAUGAAAGCUCAGACGAGGACGCAGCGAAACAACGAUAGAUUGAUGAGAACCAUCAGGAGGACCACCAGUUCUCCUUUCUGAACUCAGAAACAAAAGCGGCGUGGACCCGCAGCCGCUGAUAUAAUGUGCAGCUCAGAAGCCAUCAUAAGUUAAGCCGGGCCGCGUUGUCUUAAUAUUCAAUUAAUGCCUAGUAUUUCGAUGAUAAUUCGUGAUUAGGCUGCCUUCUUUUUUUUCAUAUAUUUAUAUAUAUAUUUCUCUCUUCCCCUGACCGGUUUUACUUCUUGGUACCAGAAAAUUGUUUGAGAUUUUAUACAUAUGCUUACUCUUGAAUUUGUUUGUGUGGAAUUCUUCUUCUGUAGUUUGUCGGCUGUAAAUAAUAAAUAUGAUUGAAUUAAAUUUUGUUUGA